CACAUGUAACAUCACAGGACAACGUUUAACCCUUUUACAAAAUAAUCUCAAGGAAGUAAAAUAUUUAGACUUGCUGUUUUAAUCUUAAAAGCGGUUAUGUUGGGAGUCUCACGGAAAGUGCGGUGGAAAGAAAGGGAGGAGCUGCGCUAAAAAAAAAAGAAAAGAAAAGAAAAGUGUUGAAGUUUCCAGAGGUUGAUGUCAGUGUAACUGGAUUCCUCUGGUCUGGAAUUUUAGGAGAACAACUGGGGAAAAUAUGGCUGUGUCCGGACUGGAAAACUGCUUUUAUUCACUCGCUUGACUGAAACGCUUGACUGAAGUUCCCAUUUCAGAGCGAAACAUGUUUCUGUCAAGACGUCAAUACUUUCAGACGAAGAUUGUGUGUUCGGAUGUUGUAGCAUUUUUUUUUUUUUUUUUUCAAAAGUUUUUAGUUUGCACCUCUUGUAAAUUUGGCACACAUUGUAUAAGAACGUAAUAAUAUGAAAUACAUCACUGAUAUACAGUUAUAUUGAGUCGCACAAUGAGCCCCAGUCGCGUACGGCCUCAAGCACCGCAGACCCCGGCGGCAUCUGCAGCAUCACUUCCGCCUCAUGAAGGUAUUGAGAUGAAAAACAUGCAUCAUGACGAAGUGGGCCUGGGGGUGCCCGAUGAAACCCCCUCUCCACCAACCUCCAGCUCCAGGCAGGCGUGGAGCCGGGAUAACCCGGGCUUCGAGCCGGAGGAGGGGAUGAUGGAGGCGGACCGGCCGCCGGCGAGCCCGGGCCGGAGGUCUGUGUCCACGGCCUCCAGCAGCGGCAGCGGGAGCUUCACUGGCAUCAGUGCACGAAUCAACAGAGGACCGUAUCCAACUCCCCCAGUGCAUCAUGAACACCGCAGCUGCGGGAAGAGGAUACUGCAAAAAAUGAGGGUACUGUGGGACACUCGUCUUUUGGGCCACAGCAACAGUAACAGAGAGAUGUACCUGAAAACUGUCCUCAGAGAGAUGAUCACCUACAUCCUCUUUCUCAUCACGCUCUGCAUAUUAACCUAUGGAAUGGUGAGCACCCACAUGUACUACUACACCAAAGUCAUGUCCCAACUCUUCGUGGAUGUGCCAUUAACGAAUGGACAACCAACAACCUUCAAGACCCUUUUAACAAUGGAGGACUUCUGGAAAUUUACAGAAGGGCCUUUUCUUAAUGGCGUGUACUGGGAGUUCUGGUACAACAAUAAGAGCCUCCCAGAAAACCAGAGUCUGAUCUACUAUGAAAACCUUCUGUUGGGCGUCCCACGUCUCCGGCAGCUCAGAGUGCACAAUGAGUCCUGCGCUAUCCAUGAAGACCUACAUGAUGAAGUUUACGACUGCUUUAACAUCUAUUCUCCUGCCAAUGAGGACAAGGCACCGUACGGACUUAAAAAUGGGACAGCGUGGGUGUACUCAGGGGAGAGCAGCCUGGGUGAGAGCAGUUACUCGGGGCAAGUGUCGACCUAUGGAGGUGGAGGUUACUACCAGGAUCUGUCCCGCACUCGAGAGAAGUCAGCCAAUCAGCUGCGGGAGUUAAAAAACAACCUCUGGCUGGACCGUGGCACCAGAGUUGUGUUCCUGGACUUCUCCAUCUACAAUGGCAACAUUAACCUGUUUUGUAUCAUCAGAUUGCUAGUGGAGUUUCCAGCCACAGGGGGCGUUGUGACAUCCUGGCAGUUCCAGACUGUGCGUCUAAUCCGCUACGUAUCCAGCUGGGACUAUUUUGUGGGCUUCUGUGAAGUGGGCUUCUGCCUCUUUGUGCUGUAUUACUUGGUAGAAGAAGUUCUAGAGAUCCGUCUGAAUCGCUUGCGCUACUUCAAGAGCCUGUGGAACUGCUUGGAUGUUCUCAUUGUUAUGCUCAGUGUCCCAGCCAUCAUCAUAAACAUCUGCAGAACAUCAGCAGUCAGUCACAGACUUCACUUCCUGCUGGAGAACCACAGCACAUACCCAGACUUUGAGCCCCUGGCUCGCCUCCAAGUUCACUUUAACAAUCUGGCUGCUGUCAUCGUCUUCCUCUCAUGGGUCAAGCUUUUUAAGUUUAUUAACUUCAACAAGACCAUGAAUCAGCUGUCCACCACCAUGUCGCGCUGUGCUAAGGACCUGAUGGGCUUCACCAUAAUGUUCUUCAUUGUGUUCCUUGCCUAUGCUCAGCUGGCAUAUUUAGUAUUUGGAACUCAGGUCGAUGACUUCAGCACCUUUCAGGCCUGCAUUUUCACCCAGUUCCGGAUCAUUUUGGGUGAUUUUGACUUCUCAGAGAUUGAGGAGGCCGACAGAGUGUUGGGACCCAUUUACUUCUCCACCUUCGUGUUCUUCAUCUUCAUGAUUCUAUUGAAUAUGUUCUUGGCCAUCAUUAAUGACACUUACUCUGAGGUGAAAGCUGAUAUGGCCCAGCAGCGGUCAGAGAUGGAGAUAACAGACCUGAUCAAGAAGGGCUAUAACAGGGCAAUUGUAAAACUCAAGCUGAAGAAGACCUCCAUCAAUAAUGUCCCAGACAGCUUACACCUGGCUGGGGGCAAACUCAACUUUGAUGAACUCCGGCAAGACCUCAGAGGAAAGGGCCAUUCAGACGCUGAAAUUGAAGCCAUCUUUGCCAAGUAUGACCUUAAUGGAGAUCAGGAACUGACCGAGCAUGAAUAUCAACAGAUGAGAGAUGACCUGGAGAAAGAGAGAGAGGACUUGGAUCUGGAGCACAGUUCACUGCCCAGACCAGUGAGUGGGCGGAGCUUCUCCGGCAGUCAGGACGACUCCGAGGAGGACGAUGAUGAGGACAGUGGACACAGCUCUCGUCGCCGUGGCAGCAGCUCAGGAGGCGUGUCAUAUGAGGAGUUCCAAGUGCUUGUGCGUAGAGUGGACCGCAUGGAGCAUUCUAUUGGCAGUAUUGUGUCAAAGAUAGACGCUGUUAUUGUGAAGUUAGAGGCCGUGGAGAGAGCCAAGAUGAAGAGGAGAGAUGUGCUUGGACGAAUCCUGGAUGGAGUCAUAGAGGAUGAGAGUAUGGGCAGAGAUCCAGAGCUGCACCGAGAGCAAAUGGACAGGCUCGUGAGAGAAGAGCUAGAGUGCUGGGAGUCUGAUGACACAAUAUCUCAGGUCAGCCACCACCAGGCCACGCCCAUCGCCAUAGCUGCGCAGCUCCGCCCACGCAGUUCCCACCCACCCUCAUCGCUGUCCAGUGAGGGCCCGAAUGGUGCGGUCAAUGGGGCUGCCCACAUUUGAGGGGUUUCAGUUUUAUAAACAUUACUAUAAAUCACGCAUUUCAGUGUUCCACAGUUUGUUCUCCGGUGCCAUGUCUGAUGCAGUGGGCAAAAUGUAUAUAGUAAAAUUUUGGUAAAAAGGUUGGAAGGAAUAUUUCACGGUUGACCAUUGUUCCACAGGGCCACAGCUGCAGAAGUAAAUAGUCCUACACAAAAUCUAUUUAUUUGUGUUUCUUUAUAUUAAAGUUAAUUGGGGCUUUUUGUCUGUAGCCAACCUAUGGUUUAUAAUGCAAGUAUGAAGAUAAAUUGAAGUGUUUGUUCAUAAGCAGAAAGGAAGUUCUAAAACCUCUUUUAUUAUUAUUUUGGAUGAAGCUAAUUUGAUUUUAAGAUCGGUCAGUGGAUUCUUAAUUUCAGUUUACACCACGUAUUAAAUAGUCAAUAAUUAAAUGCAUUUUCAUUUUAGGUAAAGAAAUUUUUUUUUUACCUACUUAAGGAAUAGUUUUACAUAUUUUCUGCAAAAUUGCAAAAUUGCAAAAAAAAAAAGAUUAUAAUAAUUUUCUCAGAGUAUUUUUGUCUUAUUUUCUGGUAAAAAUAUCUAAACAUCCUUAAAACAAGAAAAAAUGACUUGAGAAAUAAACUUAUUUUCCCUUUGAAUCAGGUGUCAAAUAGUUUUUUCU